CGAGUUGCAUUGUUAGCUGCUUGACUAAAAAGUAGCGUUGUUGCAGCGCAAAGUAAGAUUAACGCUGGAAAGCCACUGCGGCAACUAGCUAGGCGGCUAACUAAAUUAGCAAGGCUUUGUUAGCUUCUUGGCUAAAUUAAACUGUGCCGCUACAGAAUUAUAUGGGUUGCACGUCUUUCAGUAUUGUGUGCUUUUAUCUAUCGAUGCUACAUUGUGUGUAUGAUUGUAUUGUGCCUUCAGUUGAAAUGAGUGCUGCGGUACCCAACCAUCGAAGGACCAAGCCCGGUGGCAUAAAACCCGGGGCUGUGACCACCGGCGUGACUGGACCGACCUCCCAGAUCCCUGGCCUGUCCCAGAGCGCUGAUGAAAGCGCUCCAGCGGAGAGGAUCAGCGGACGGCGCGUGGGGAUAUUUGAGACGGACUCGGACUACGUGAAACUCGCAAAGGGAGGAGGACACAAAGGGCUGCUGAGUCAUGACGUUGAGGCUGAUGACAAACCGAAGAAGCCGUACAAUCCACCUGCGAACUGGUUUGGCGGUGAAGAAUCAAAGAGUCCUCCUGCAGGGUCAGAGAGGGCGCCUCAGCAGCCAGCCGGCUCCGGACUAUCGCGGGGAGGUGGAGGAGAUGGAGGAAGGGGACGCAGAGGGGGAAGGGACCAUGGCGGUCAGAGAGGGGCCGAGCGGUCACGGCCUCCCGCAGAACGCCAACAGCAGCAGUGGCAGCAGCAGCAGCAACAACACCACCACCACCAACCUCCUGGCUUCUGUCAAAGAGCAGGAGCUUCAGUUUGAGCGGCUGACGCGGGAGCUGGAGGAGGAGCGGCAGAUCGUGGCGAGCCAGCUGGAGAGGUGCAUGCUGGGAGCCGAGUCCCCAGCAGGAGACAGCAGCAGCUCAUCUGAGAAGUCGUUUGCAUGGAGAUCUGCAGCAGACACCUCUGCAGGCGGAGAGUUGCAGGGCGGAGUCAUGGAGGCGUCUGGAUGUCCUGGUCGUCACCUGGAGGCGGAGGAAGGACUGUACCUGAAUGAACCGGACCGCGCCUCCCUGCAUGACAGUGAGGGCUCAGGAGGUCACUCGGCCCAGAUGACCUCGUACUCGGACAGCGGCUACCAGGACAGCAGCAUUAGUUACUACAGCAACCAGAACGUGGUGCGUUCGGAGCCCCGAGCCUCGUUGUCGAGAAGCCCGAGAGCCGAGGGUCAAGCCUCUGGGCAGGUGUCUGGCCGGAUGUUGCGCAGGAUGGCGUCCCUCCCCUCCAGGAGCCAGUCUCCCGGCUGUGGCACCGCCGGCACCGUCUCGCCCUCCCGCAUCUCCCUGCGAACAUCCCAAGGCAGCACCUACGAUUCGCCCAUCCUCUCCGAACCAAAACCUCUGGCAGCUGUGUUCCCCGGCACCAGCAUGCCGCCCUCCUGCCCUUCGCCAACCUCCCCGACUGACGGCACGCAGGCCCUGGGAGGUGGGGGUGUGAUAGGAGGAGGAGGAGGAGGAGGUGGUCGUCUGGGCUCCACCCUCUCUCUGGUGGAGGGGAGGGGUUUGACGGGGUCACCUCUGCGUUCGGGGAUGACGGCGGUGCCGCAGCACUACGGCUCCACGCUGCCCAGGCAGAGCCAGCCGCUGGCCUACGGAGCUGAUCCAUACGGCCUGUACCAGAGGAGCGCACUGCCCCGCCCCGACAGCCUCAUAGGGCUUCACAGCUCGUAUGCCGGCCACACCGGGCAGAUCGAUCCCGAGCUGAGGGCGGCCUUGUCUCCGGACUGCCACAUGACACCCGUUUUCGACGAGCGAACCUUCCACAGCCCCCUGUACCACAGCCCCACCCACGACCCCCAGAGCUCCCUCUACAGGACCAACACAGGUAUGGGGACCCUCCCUCGGACCACAAGCCACUGCGGCACGCUGCCGUACCAAAGAAGCAGCUACGGGCUCAGCAGCGCGGCUCUGUACGCCGACUCCUACAGGCUCUCUGGCGAGCCCGUCUUCUCCCACCGGCACUCGGCACUGGUGGACCGGGUGGUCACUCGCACUCCGUCCAUCGAGAGCAUCCAUAAGGAUCCCAGGGAGUUUGCUUGGCGCGACCCCGAGCUGCCAGAGGUCAUCCACAUGCUGCAGCAUCACUUCCCCUCUGUCCAGGCCAACGCCGCCGCCUAUCUGCAGCACCUGUGCUAUGGAGACAACCGGGUCAAGGUGGAGGUGUGUCACCUGGGAGGGAUCCAGCACCUGGUGGACCAGCUAGACCACAAGGUGGCCGAGGUUCAGAAGAGCGCCUGCGGGGCCCUGAGGAACCUGGUGUACGGCAAGGCCACCGACAACAACAAGGUGGCGCUGAGAAACUGUGGCGGCGUGCCCGCCCUGCUGCGCCUCCUCAGGAAAACCACCGACAACGAAGUCCGGGAGCUGGUCACCGGCGUCCUGUGGAACUUGUCCUCGUGCGACGCAGUGAAGAUGACCAUCAUCCGCGACGCUCUCACCACGCUGACCAACACGGUGGUCAUCCCCCACUCGGGCUGGAGCAGCGUGUCGCACCGCGACGAGCACAAGGUCAAGUUCCAGUCCUCCCUGCUGCUGCGUAACACCACCGGCUGUCUGAGGAACCUGAGCUCAGCAGGGGAGGAGGCGAGGAGUCAGCUGCGUUGCUGCGAGGGUCUGGUAGACUCGCUGCUUCACGUCCUCAAAGUGUGCGUCAACACCUCCGACUACGACAGCAAGAUUGUGGAGAACAGCGUCUGCACCCUGAGGAACCUCUCCUACCGGCUGGAGGUGGAGAUGCCCUCCUCUCGUCUCCUCGGCAACCAGGAGCUGGACACCCUGCUGGGCUUCUCCUCCCCGGCCAAAGAGCUGGACUACCUCUGCUGGGGCAAGAGGAGGCGCGGCAGGAAGAGGGGCGGCUGGCCUGACGACAAGUGGGACGGCAUCGGGCCCAUCCCGGGUUUCUCCCAGCCUCUGAGGGGGGCGGAGCUGCUGUGGCACCCGAUGGUGGUGAAGCCGUACCUCAACCUGCUGGCUGAGAGCUCCAACCCUGCCACGCUGGAGGGCGCCGCCGGCUCGCUGCAAAACCUGUCUGCCGGAAACUGGAAGUUCUCGGCUUACAUCCGAGCAGCGGUGCGCAAGGAGAAAGGGCUGCCUAUCCUGGUGGAGCUGCUGAGGAUGGACAACGACCGGGUUGUGUGCUCCGUCGCCACCGCUCUACGCAACAUGGCGCUGGACGGCCGCAACAAGGAGCUGAUAGGAAAGUAUGCCAUGCGGGACCUGGUGAACCGGCUGCCCGGCAGCAGUCCGUCGGUGCUGUCUGACGACACGGUGGCGUCGGUGUGCUGCACGCUGCACGAGGUCACCAGCCGCAACAUGGAGAACGCCAAAGCUUUAGCCGACAGCGGGGGCAUCGAGAAGCUGGUGGACAUCAGCAAAGGCCGAGGGAAAGGGUACUCGAUGAAGGUGGUGAAGGCGGCGGCUCAGGUGCUGAACACACUGUGGCAGUACAGAGAGCUGAGGAGCCUCUACAAACAGGACGGCUGGAACUACACUCACUUUGUGACUCCAGUCUCCACCCUGGAGCGAGACCGCUACCUUUCACAGCCGACCCUGCCCACCAGCCCUCUGCAGAUGUCCCCCGUCGUCCAAUCAGGUGGUAGCGCAACAUCCUCGCCGGCCAUGCUCGGGAUAAGACGGCACAGUACGAACUACCAGAGGGCGCAGUCAUCUAUGCAACUCGACGCGUAUUACGGAGACAACAGUUUACACAAACGGCAGUACACAGGGUCUGAGAAGAAAACUCCGUAUUUCAUUGGGACAUAUUCUUCCCAGUCUGGAGAGGAUCUGAGGAGGUCCCAGCACACAGAGCCAUUUUACGACGAACCCGACAGGAAGAACUACAACAGCUACAGAACGUACCUGUCGUCCCCGCAAGGCUACGGAGAAGAGCACUACGAGGACGAACCCGUCCACCUGACCCCGUCCUCCCCCGACGGCUACGCCAGCCAGUCGCUUCGAUUCAAAGCCAACACCAACUACGUGGACUUUUACUCCACCACAAGGAGGCCUUCAAACAGGGCGAACAAGUUCACCGGCUCCCCCGACUCCUGGGUGUAAAAACAAAUGGACACCGUGUACGUUGAGCUUUGCCAUCUUGGCCGUGCGUUUCCGUGGGCGUUGGGGUGUGGGUGGGUGGGUGUGUGCGUGAAAGGUGGAGGAUGCAUGUGAAUGUGUGCGCAUCUGUGUUGAAAGUGUACCGAACGAGCAGGGCUGGGUUUGCUAUGAGCAGCUUUUGACAAAGUGAGACCAGGUGCACAAUAAUGCAGAUAAACACGAACUAGUCCUUUAUUGUCGACGCGCUCGCACAGCUGAAACUGAGCAUGUUGACGCGUGUGUUUUUGCAUCAGACUUCCGGUUUGUGAACUUUGAAGCAGAGUGAAUGCGGUAAGUCUCAUCAGAUGGUUUGAUAACAGAAACACUUUGUGGUCCGACUUCAGUCAAGUCUGUAACUUGGUGGUGCUCUCCCCUGUGUGCAGCUGAGUGUCACAGUAAUUAGUGUGUUCCUGUGCUUAGUGUGAGGCUGUUUCCUCUGCUGAGCGAUGGCGGUUCACUCCUGGCAUCCAGGUGAACCAAUGCCCCCCCCACGUGACCUUCACAGUCAUGAUUAAAUGGCUGGGACUCCCCAGCAGUCAGAAGUGUCCACACAGUUUGUCAGAUGAGAAAUGAAACGUCUUGAAGAAUCUAAAGUGAAUCAGUGACUUGUAGGUCAGAGGCUUAACUUUCCUAUUGUUGUGACAUGUAAGUAUGGCAAAAAGAGAAAAAAGCCAAUGUGGCCACAUUAAUUAGACACAAACCUUAUCUGCAUUAUUAUGUACUUUUCUGUCAACGUAGGCUCAGUCAAAAGGUGCUCAUUGCACCAAAGCCCGACCCUGAUCUUGUUGUUCACCAGAGUGUUUGUUCAGGUCAACUGAUUUCAUUGUUCUCUGCAGUAAAAGUGUGCAGUGCGUUGGCUUGAUGACAUAAAUAUUGUUUGCCAGCAUCAUCGUGAAUGCCAGGAAAAAAAUGAACUUACUGAAGAUGUGGAUCCUGUGGGGACUCAUGAAGUCCACACCUGGGACAAAUAGUAUUUCAUGUUUGAGUGCGGCAAGUGAAAGCACCACGCUGUUCCGAACAAGGUGAGAAAUGGCUCUAAAAGUAGCUGUUAAAUCUUAUUUGGCCCAGGUGUGUGGAGGGCAAACUUACCGGAGAGCAUCGCCAUUCUCGGGAACCUUUCAAGACUCAGAGGACUGGGGGUUACGUGUGUAACUCUUUGCUUUUCUGUAUGUUGCCCAAAAGUGCAGUGUCUUAUAAACUAUGUGAAAUAUGUGACAAAAACAAGUGAAACUCUAUUUGUACAGAUGCAAUGGUGAACCUGUCCCGUUACAUUGUUGUAUUCACUAUGUAGAACUUUAUAUGUGAUUGUGUGAAGGAGAUUUUUCUAUUAUUUAUUGAUUAUUUUCAUUAAUUUAUUCGUGACCUGACCAAAAUUCCUCAUCUGUCUGUUCUGUCCCAAACUAAUGACGAUGAUGUGCAAUGUUCCAGAGGGAAAUACAUGUCUAGGGAUUAAAGAUUAUAUCAUGACAAUGUC